AUGGGUGAAAUGCGAUCCGCUUCUGUAUCCGGUGCCGUGAUGACCGACUCGGGCGCAUCCCUCCACGCCGUUCCCUAUGAAGAUACGACCCGAUCCGCCUCCUUGCCAGGCCCGGGGGACCUGACCCUGUGUCCCCAAGAUACUUGCACCACCACCGCCUCGUCCAACGAUCAGGGGCCGUCCCCGUCGCAUGCGAAUGGCACCCGCGAAUCGAGGAGUCGGGCGGUCCCGUCAGAACAUACACACUCCGUGGUGAGUUUGCGCUCGCUGCGGAGUAUCCCCAGCAUUGUGGUCAACGAUGGGGGAUCUCGCCCCAGCUCUCGUCCGGGGUCGCGUCCCGGAUCGCGAUGGUCGGAGCGGAAAUGGGGUGGGCUGAGGGGUAGAAAAUCGACCGAACUGGAUAGAGACUCACCGCCUCCUGUGCCUCAGAUCGAGUCUCCCUUCAAUGGGAUCGCGUUGGAUAUCCCGGCACCUUCUCUGGACGGACUGGGCCCACAGUCGAUGCGGUUCUCCAAGCGCGGCAGUCUGAUCACCGAGGAGGAACGACAGAAACUCCAGCGUCAGAUCCACGAGCAGGAAUUGCGCCAGAAGGAGGGACGACCCUCGACCGACAUCCGAGGCUCGGAGAAAGAACCCCCACCGCAGCAGCAGCAGCAGCAACCCGUGACGGAAACACCGCCUUUACCUCCCGCCCCGACUGACCCAGAUGACUCGGAGCCUGAGAUUUCGGAAAUGCCACCCAGGCGCCCGAAACCAGCGUCGUCGCUUCGUGUCCGGCAAAGUGCCAUUGCAAAUCGAGCCAUCUCGGCAGAUGAGGAUAUGUUGUCGCGUCGGGUCAGAUUGAUGUAUGAAAAGGGGGACGAUAAUGUGUCGGACACCGAGGUGGCCAAGUCGUUGGCCAUGGAGAACGGGGUUCUGUGGGAAGAAGCCGGCGCGACCAGUACAGACACGUCUCGUCUCUCGGGGCCGAGCAUGUCUGGGGCCGAAACCAAGAGCAUCGUAUCGUCGGUCGGCCCUGAGAAUCCAUCGAACCACAAGAAGGAGGCUCAUGAGCUCGCGGGCGGUAUUGAAUAUUGGCAGGACAUCAGAGCCGGAGAUGUAGACCGCUACGGCUUUAUACGCUCCCCAACAUCCAACUCCAACGAGGGCAUGGAUCCCUCUCCAAUUCAACGGGUCUCUACCAGUCUGCUGCUUGCCUCGACUACGCCACGGCGCAAACUGUCCAUUCGGCCGCCAUCUGCUCUAGGCAGUAACCGCUCCCUUACCGGCCGCUCACCUGCGCGGAAGAUGAUUUCUGAGCCGUCCGUCCGUCCGUCAUCGUCGCAAAGCACGUAUAGCGCGCCGCUACGACGAUCAACGUCGAAAUUCCGACAGGCCACCAAUUUUCUCCCCCACAACCGGGAUCGUCGAUUCAAAGACGAGGCAGGAGACAUGCUCACCCUCCCGACCGAUACGACUCCCAAGGGCAGAGCCGAGACGGCUGCUGCCCGUGCUGCGCGUAAGAAAGAAUGGGAGCGAGAAGACAAGUGGACAAAAAUGGCCAAGCCAGUCCGGCGGGGAACCCACGGGGGUGGCAUGUCCUUCGAAUUCGACACGCAGAGCUCCAAACUCAUCGAACGCACAUGGAAGGGAAUACCGGACCGGUGGCGCGCCAGUGCGUGGUAUGCCUUUCUCGAGGCGAGCGCCAAACGACACAGCGACAGCCCCGGGAUAGAGGAGCUCAUCGAAGCGUACAAUAACUAUCAGCUGGUCUCGUCCCCGGACGAUGUGCAGAUCGACAUCGACGUUCCGCGAACCAUCACGAGUCACAUAAUGUUUCGCCGUCGGUACCGUGGUGGGCAACGGUUGUUGUUUCGGGUGCUGCAUGCCAUGUCGUUGUACUUCCCCGAUACGGGCUAUGUUCAAGGCAUGGCGGCGCUUGCUGCGACGCUCCUCGCGUACUAUGACGAGGAGCAUGCUUUUAUUAUGCUUGUGCGACUAUGGCAACUGCGUGGCUUGGAGGCAUUGUACCGGUCUGGGUUUGCGGGUCUCAUGGAAGCACUCGGUGAUUUCGAGCGAGAAUGGUUAGGAAAGGGGGAAGUUGCUGCGAAGCUGGAAGAACUAGGGAUUCCACCGACAGCGUACGGCACCCGAUGGUAUCUCACAUUAUUCAAUUAUUCGAUCCCAUUUCCCGCCCAACUACGCGUGUGGGAUGUUUUCAUGCUCCUAGGCGAUGCCGAAGAGCCGAAUGCUCCUGCGACUCCAGCCAAAGGGACGGAAGCCGGUGAGAACUGCACGGGGAUCUUUGGCAAGGGACUGGACGUCCUACACGCCAGUUCGGCCGCCCUGAUCGACGGUAUGCGCGAAAUCGUCCUCGAAUCGGACUUCGAGAACGGCAUGAAAGUCCUCACCAGCUGGGUUCCCAUCAAAGACGUGGAGCUCUUCAUGCGUGUUGCAAAAGCGGAAUGGAAGGUCCACCGUCGAAAGAAGUCCGCCCAAGGCUGA